UUGGAGUCAGAGCGAAGGGGCCGAGGAGAGUCGAACGCGGCAUCAUCCGCAUACCAUGCAGGGCUCGUCCCGCCACUGGGCGCUCCAAUGUCCCGGGAUCUCAGCUCCAUCUGAUCGCGGAGAAAGAAAGAAGGUCCGCGUCUGAAACCCCGCGCGUGAUCGCCUCCUUAAACACACACCGAGAGCGACGCGGGUCGCUUACGGACUGACAUCAGGUAGCUCCAGCAAACAUGUCAGUGAAGCUUAACAAGUGGGCAGCGGUCCGGGAUCGCCUGGGCUCCUCGCAAGACUCCGACACGCAGCAGGAGGCCAAUUUGGAGAGCGCUGAUCCGGAGCUGUGCAUCCGGCUGCUGCAGGUCCCCACCGUGGUCAACUACUCGGGGCUGAAGCGGCGCCUGGAGGGCAGCGACCAGACAUGGAUGGUCCAGUUCCUGGAGCUGAGCGGCCUGGAUCUUCUCCUGGAGGCCCUGGACCGGCUCUCGGGAAGGAGCUGCUCCCGGAUCGCCGACGCCCUUCUGCAGCUCACCUGCGUCAGCUGCGUGCGGGCGGUCAUGAACUCCUCCGCCGGCAUCCACUUCAUUAUCGAGAACGAAGGCUACAUCCGGAAGCUUUCACAAGCUCUGGACACGUCCAACAUCAUGGUGAAGAAGCAGGUGUGUGAGCUCCUCGCGGCCCUCAGCAUGUUCUCCCCAGAUGGACACCGACUGGCCCUGGACGCCCUGGACCACUACAAGGGCGUGAAGAUGCAGCUCUACCGCUUCAGCAUGAUCAUGAACGAGCUGCAGGCCACCGACAACGUCCCCUACAUGGUCACCCUCCUCAGCGUCAUCAACGCCCUCAUCUUCGGCUCGGACGACCUCCGGCGGAGGGAUAAGAUGAGGAAGGAGUUUAUCGGGCUUCAUCUGCUGGAUAUUCUGCCGAAACUCAGAGAGCAGGAGGAUGAGGACUUGAUCAUUCAAUGUGAGGCUUUUGAAGAGGCAAUGGCGGAAGAUGAGGAGGAGCUGCUGCGAGUGUACGGAGGCAUCGACAUGAGUGACCACCUGGAGGUCUUCACCACUCUCUUCAACAAGGUGAGCAGCUCGCCGGCUUCCGUCCAGCUGCUGUCCAUCCUGCAGACCCUGCUGGGGCUGGGUCCCAGCCGCUCCGACAUCUGGCUGGCUCUGGAGGCCGUCACCACCAGAGCUGUGCUUCUGGCCCAGAGUUCCCAGAUGGAGUCCGCGGAGAGGAUGAUGGAGCGUCUGGUCUUCUCCAAAAGACAGAACUUGGCAGAUCAGAUGGAGUUGGACGGGCGGGUGGUGGUCAAAGUGGACAAGGCUGUGCAGACUGAAGACAACAAAGGCUGCGUAGUACAAAGUACAACUUCUCCCAAAGCACUUCAGUCAGCCCCUCCACCACCGCCACCACCUCCACCUCCUCCUCCUCUACCUCCUUCUCUACAAGCAGCAGCUCAGAGCCCCCCACCACCACCACCACCACCUCCUCCUCCUCCUCCUCCACUGCCACCUGGUCUCGGUGGUCCUCCACCACCACCUCCUCCUCUGCCUGCAGGGCCUGGUGGUCCUCCGCCUCCACCUCCUCUACCACCAGGUCUCGGUGGUCCUCCACCUCCUCCUCCUCUACCACCAGGUCUCGGUGGUCCUCCACCUCCUCCUCCACUCCCACCAGGCCUCGGGGGUCCACCUCCUCCACCUCCAUUGCCACCUGGAAUGGGCGGUCCCCCUCCUCCACCUCCUCUACCUGGCAUGCCUCCCCCACCCCCUCCUCCACCUGGCAUGGCCGGUGGGCCACCUCCACCUCCUCCUGCUCCUGGUAUGAUCGUUGCCCAGACCAGCCACGCACUGGGGAGCAGCGCCCCUGCCUUGACAACUCGAUGUCCCACCUUGAGGAUGAAAAAGCUGAACUGGCAGAAGCUCCGCGCCGUAACUGAUGGUCCCUCCAUGUGGGCUUCGGUACAGAAAGAGCCACCUCCGCGGGAGCCCAACUACAGCAGUAUCGAGCAGCUGUUUUGUCUGCCUGUGGCCAAAAACAAAGAGAAGGAGGCAGCUGCUCCUGUCAAAAAGGAGCCCAAAGAGAUUUCUUUCCUCGACCCAAAGAAAAACCUGAACUUAAACAUCUUCCUCAAGCAGUUCAAGUGCUCGAACGAGGACUUCGUGGACAUGGUUGAGAAGGGCGACCGCAGGAAGUUCGACGUGGAGGUGUUGAAGCAGCUUCUGAAGCUCCUUCCUGAGAAGCACGAGGUGGAGAAUCUGUCAUCCUUCCAAGGCGAGAAGGACAAGCUGGCCCACGUGGACCGCUUCUACAUGGCUCUCCUCACCGUCCCACGCUAUCAGCUGAGGAUUGAGUGCAUGCUGUUGUGUGAAGAGACCGCCUCAGUGUUGGAGAUACUCAAACCAAAAAUCAGUAUUGUGGAGGAGGCCUGCCACUCUCUCAGGACGAGUACGCUCAUGCCCAGCUUCUGCCGGCUCAUCCUGGAUGUGGGCAAUUUCCUCAACUAUGUAAGACUCAUUCAUAUUUCAGCACAGACGACAUUUGCACCACCAGUUUGCAUUUUUAAUAACCACUUACAGGGAAGUCACACAGGGAAUGCUGCGGGGUUUAAGAUCAGCUCCCUGCUCAAGCUCACCGAGACCAAGGCCAACCAGAGCCGCAUCACACUGCUCCACCACAUCCUGGAGGAGGCCGAUGCCAACCACCCAGAGUUGCUAGCGUUGCCGGAUGAGAUCGAGAUCUGUGAAAAGGCAGCAGCGGUGAACAUGGAUUCAGUCCAGUCUGAAGCAAGCACUCUCCUGAAGCGACUGAACGAGGCAGCCAAGAAAGUAUCCAACAGUGUGGAGGACGUGAGGGAGCAGUAUGGAAAAAUAAUUGAGGAAAAUGUGGAGGAGUGUCGGAUUAUGAGUGAUAGAUUCGCCGAAAUCGAGAAGAAGAGGAGUGAACUGGCUGUCUACUUGUGUGAGGAUUCAAGUAAGCUGUCGCUCGAGGAACUUUUCGGAACCAUUAAGACAUUCCGGGAACUUUUCAUCAAAUCUCUCCAGGAGAACAAGACCAGGAAGGAGCAGGUAGCCAAGGCUGAGAAGAGAAAGAAGCAGCUGGCAGAAGAGGAGUCCAAGAGACGGAAGGGAGCGGACGGAAAAAUCAUCAAGAAAGGCUUGCCGGAGAACGACGGCUGCAUCAUCGACCACCUGCUGGCGGAUAUCAGGAAAGGUUUCAGCCUCAGAAAGACCAGGCCCAGGUGCGAUUCAGGAAGCCUCCCUUCUAGUGAAAUUCGUGGGGCUACCUGCCCGCCUGCAGGUUCAAGUGUGACGCCUGUAAAAGAAGAAACCGCCGAAGCAGCCACCACUUCCGAUCCCAUCAAAACUCAGACCGAGGGUCCCCUGCUCCGCACAGACGAAGUGGACGGGGUCACCGCCUCAGCCGAAAGCAGUCAAACAGCUCUGAAUGUAGUCGAACCAGCUGUGCCGGCGACCAGUCCUCCAGGAGAAGCAGCCAUAACGACUCCGGAACCCCUAGAAAGUUCUCAUUCCCAAAAGGAGGGGCAACAUUCGACGGAGCCUCCUCAAACUCCAACUAGCGCUCACCAGUCAUGCCCGACCGCAAAUGGCUUUCCGGCAGAUCCCGACGCCAGCACUCUCAGCCUCUCUCCGCUUUCAGAUUCCGACCUGAUAGAGGGCGCACUAGAGGCCCCUUCCAGCCUGACGCCCGAGGACUCAGAGGACCUCAGACCAAUCCCUGACCUGGACAAAAUUCUUACACUUGAAAGCAGUACAGCGGCGGAAGGUGAGCCAUGUACCCCCGAUAGCGGUGUUGAAGGGAGCAUAGGUGAAGUGAAAGGUAUAGACGCGCAGGAUUGUGUAGUCGCGGGAAAGUCCGACAAAGACCAGGUCGUGGGUUGCAAACAUUCGGACACUCAAAGCAGCGUGAACAAACUGGAUGAAAGCAUCCAGAGGUGCGAGAGCCCAGAAGCACCACGAGAUGUCCCUUCCGCGUCCGAAGUGGAGCCAGCAGCGCUUAUACCCCAGCCAAAGAAACAGCUGAGCUUCUUAAAGCGAAACAAAAAGAAGAGUUAUCAAGGUAAACAAUCUAACUUCAAUAAAGAUCACGUCUGGCAUGCUAGUCUCUUAACAUAUUUUCAAAGGAAACGCCUAUUUUAUUUUUAUUGCACUUUACAUUUUAUAUUUUUAUGCUUGAUUUAUUUUAGCUCUUAACCUUGCAUGACCUUUAUUUUUAUGAAGAGGUUGUUAAUUUAUUGACUGUUUUGAACGCUCCGUUCUCCACUCUCUAAAACAAAAGGUAACAGGGGAAAUGGACACACAAAACCUAAAAAAGGCUGUGUGUUGCAGUGAGGUAGGUCAAUCGACCGCAGGAACGUCAUCCUAACGAAGCUUCCUAAUGCCACGUCAUCUGUCGGUCUAACCGGAACCUGGAUCUCAUUUGUGUGUUGUCCAGCUUCUAACAUCCCGCUCUGGCUUUUAACAGUUGAACACUAUCUAAUCUGGCCCAGUUCUUGUUCAAAACAGUGGGGUGAAACUAACCCCGCGACCUCAGUGUGGACCGUCGUCAUGGACCCUGUCAUAAAGGCACUUUUAUGUUCUUCAUAUUUUCUUGUCCAUUACCUGAAAGCUGCAGCAGGAACAACUAACAGUCUGUGUGCUUCCUGUAAACUGUCCUUUGUUCAGCAGUUGGUGUGUUGUCCCAUUAAAAACGUACACUUAAAUUAAAAGAGCACCAGCAAAAACAUUUGAGUUGAAUAAACAAAUUUUAAUAUUAAAACUGUUUUGGGAUUUUCAUUCAUUCCAUUGGUUUUGUUUUAUAGGUGAUUCCAGAAAAAAAAAGUCGAGAGGAAAAAGAAAAUGCUGAUGAUCACGACUGGAAGGAUUACAGUUCUUUUUUUUUUUUUUUUAAUAAUGGAGAGACUGUAGAUGCCGAAGUCUUCCUUUUGAAGAUUCACAAGUGUUCAAGAUCAGAGCUGAAUUCUUCACAGCGCGGCUGAAAACCUGUCACUUUAUGUAAAGGACUUGACUGAUUUAGAUUCUUAAAAAAUAUGCUUUCUAAGUGUUUAUAUUUGUUGUUAUAUUAUGUGAACGUUUUUCCCUUGUUUGUAUAUUUCCUGUUUGUAUUUCGGCCACUUCAGUAGGAAUUUAAACCUUGAGUCUUAAAUGUUUUCACUCUAUAUUCCAAUGAUCUCUGACCAAACAGGACUUGCAUACUGGAUUGUGACUUUUAAUGUUAAAUAUA